AUGCCGGCAAGUUUCCCGCCGACGACGACCCGCCCGGGGCGCAUCGUCUUGUUCAUGUCUUUCGUGGUGGCGGGGCUGGUGCCACCGUUCUCCACGUUUCUUCUUCAAGUUCUCGAGACCUACGGCAUCCAGCUGGCCCCCGAGCUCCCCGGGCUGGACGAGGCGGUCACCGAGGAGGCUGCCAGCGGGCUGGCGCAGACGGGUGGCCCGGGCGCCGUGAGCGGCGGGCCGCAGGCCAGCAGUGGGGCCGCUGCAGGCAGUAGCCACCGCGCCGAAGGAGGAGGCAGUGCCAGCGGUAGAGCGGCGGUGGCGCCGCCAUCGGCAGAGGAGCGGGGGAAGCGGCCCCGGCUUUACAUUCCGGCGCCGGAGUCCCCGCCGCCGCCAUCGCCAGGCGCGGGGGGAAGCCGGGUCGGCCAGCCGCCCAGCACGGGACCGCCGGCGGGGGCGACAUCUGCGGUUCUGGAACCGCGCCUUGUUCGGCUCGGGCCUACCCCGGCGGCGGGGACCCAGGCGGCGGCCCCGCAGAGCCCCCGGCAGAAGAGGAAGAGGGGGGAGGCCGGGCAGGCGCCAUCGAGCCCAGAAUUCAGACUUCCGGCUGCACGAUGGCAGUUCCGAAGACCCACAACCACGCCGCCUACGGGCGCCGCCGAAGUCCAGGGGCAGCCGGAGGCGCCGAAGCCGGCGCCAGCCCCCGAGCCGAGCGCGCCGACGGAGCCAGGGCCAGCAGAUGCGGCGGCAGAGCCGGGGGCGGCGGACUCGGUGGCGGAGACGGAGCCAGCGGACGCAGCGGCCGUGUCGGGGACGGCGGACACGGUGGCGGAGAUGGGGCCGACGGAAGCGGCGGCCGAGACAGAGACGCAGCCGUCGCCCAAGUGUCCAGCGCCGUCUGAGCUUGCCCUGAGCGCGCCAAGCCCGGGGCGGAUGACUGCGUUGCAAUCUUCGAGGACCCCGAACCCCCCGGAGGAGGCUCGCAGGGGACCCAACGCCCAGCCACCGCCCAGCCAGCCUGCCGACCCUCUCCCGGUCGUGCUCGAGAGCGUCCGGGAGGUGAUCGAGUGGCUGGAUGCGGCCGUAGCGGGGGAGGUGGCGCAACUGGAGGCGGAGCGCGCCGCGCUGGCCACGGAGAAAUCGCAGCUUACCACUCAUUGGCGCUCCUUUGAGUCCCGCCUCCUCGCGGCGUGUGCCGCCAACGAGGACGAACAGCGCGCCAUGGAAGAGGCCCGCGCGAAGAUUGCGCGGGAGCGGGAAGACGCCGCCCACCUGGUUGAGGCAUCGCGGCAGGAAGCUGUCGAGGCCCUUGCCAGGGAGAGCGGGCAGAGGAGCUCCGGCACACCGAAGGGGAGCUCCAAUGCCGGGAGGACGACGUCGUAG